GUAUAGUAGGGGAGUAGAUAGUAGAACAUUUUCGUUCAUAGGAAAUAAUAACCUUCACAGUAGCCAGUAGGUUUUCUGAUUGUAAGCAACCUAAUGUAAUAACGCACGUCAAUAUAAUUGUGUAUCUACGCGUAAUUUUUUCUUGGUAAAUUAAUCAACAUAAUUUAAAGACGGUCAUACUUUUUUAUAAAAUUUUAAAAUAAUUUUGUGUUGAUAUUAAACUUCAGACCAGACCGCGAUAUAUUUUUCCAGACAUACGUAAUUAACGCAAUCGCAAUUAUCGCAAUAGUAUCACGGUUCAAAAUGCUAAUAAGCUGUAUAUUUAAGACCCGUCAUCUAUCCGUUGGCAUAUGUAAUUGUUUAAAAAGAUACAUAACACCGGAGUAUGCCCAACACUCAAAUAACAUCAACUCAAGUAUUCUACUUAUUCGUCGGAUCAAUUGAUAAUGUCUAACAUUUUAUAUGCUCCACUAUCACAAGCGACUUUUGAAUCAUCUGCUGUCGCAAAAGUAGAAAGUCCAUUGACUGUGACUGAAUUAGCACGACAGUUGUUGCCAUUGAAGGUGACAAAUAAAGAAAUAGAUUCCGGACUAAAAAGAAUUUAUUGGCUUGGCAAUUAUACACAUAAAAAAAAAUCAAAAUCUGUAGAUAACUGUAAACAAAAUAAUCAAUUGAAACGAAUUCUAGGAUUAAGUCGUCCUCCAAAAAAUGUUUUAUCUUACUUGGAUGCUAUGAAAUUAAAUGAACUCUGGGUAUCAUAUAUAAAAAAAAUUAUAAAUUUUGAUGAUCUCCGUAAAAGAGGGUGGGAUGGUACUCCAGGAUGUAAACAUUGGGAAGCAUUAUUGACAUCGUUGUACAAGUGUGAUUUUCAUGGUGCUCAUAUUAAAGUGAUCAGUUCCAAGUGCUGUUCAUACAUCAUGGUAGCUGGUGUUAUAAUUCUUGAAACAAAAAAUACUUUCCAAAUUAUAGGAGUUGAUAACAAAUUAAAAACUAUUCCAAAGGAACAGUGUAUAUUUGAAUUAAACCUAGAAGGAUAUUUCAUUCAACUUUAUGGCAAACAUUUUAUAAUCAGAUCGAAAGACCGAUCAAAAAAGAAACUAAAAGAAAAUUUGAUUUUAGAACUGUAAUAAUUUGACUAAAAAGUGUAUCCUUACUAUUUUUUUAAAUUAUUUUAAAUUUUAUAUCUUAAUAUGUAUACUGCCAAAGUUAUCCAUACAUUGCAAUGACCACUUUAUACACAUUAUAUCUAUUGAGUUGAA